UUUGCGUCAAGAUUGAAAAAACAUCCGGUAUGAGUAUGAAUUCGUGCCGAAACAGUUUCCAUUCAGAAAAGCGAGAUCCAAUCCGCAUUUCUUGAAUUACAAAUCGGCAAUCCAUUAUGCAGAUUAGUAUUGCGGGUUGCAUGAAAGUAGGUCACUGAAAACUGUCAAAUGUAUUUAAAGUUCCUUUAUUCUAUAUCAACAAACGGAUUAAAAACGCAAUGGCCAGCAACAUACCAGACUUUAGUUACUGUUGCGAAAUCUGCGGAUUGGAGGGUCUCAGCGAAGACGAGUUUAGGACACACACACAUUCCGCCCACGUUGAGGGCCAUGGUGUCUGUCCAUUCUGUGAACUUUCGGCAGUCACCCCAGCUGAACUCAUUCUGCAUGUGAACCAGGCCCACUUGGACUUUUUAACACCUGAAAAUGAAUUGAAUAUGACAUUCAUUGAUGACCCUAGCCCUAGUGAAUAUAACUGUGUUAAUGGGGAAAGCAGUAACAAUUGGAACAUUCCGUCUUAUUCUAGUCAUUCUAGUAACUACAGAAAUAGUAAUAGUAGAGAAAAUAGUUCUAAGAAGAAUAUUAACAAUAUAAAUUUGUCUCCAAAGGUGAACGGUGGCGGCGAGCUCAGUCCCAAGAACUCCGCCACUCACGGCCAAGGAUCGCCUCUAAGGUCCAGUUUAGCUUUAAAACUGAAGUCGACGUCUCCCAGGCUGCAGUGUCCCAUGUGCAACUACACCAGUUCCAGUCCGAAUGAACUGGAAGAACACGUCAACAGGAGCCACUUCGAUCUUACGUCGCCCUCGGUGGGCGGCGAGCUGGGCGGCGGGGGCGGCGGAGGGCCGCCCGGCGGGACCGGCAGCACCACGGAAGUUUUUCCUUGUCCGUUGUGCGUAAAGACCUUCGACUCGGCGCCCGAUCUCGAGUUGCACGUGAACAUCGAACACAGGGACGUACUAUCGCCAGCCAGUCCUCCAUCAAAAAACGCUUGUCCUGUUUGCGGGAUCAUACUCGACAGCGAUGCGAAUAGUGAAACGGCCGCCAGACACGUAGAGUCCCAUUUCCCGGCUGGAUCGCCUCAGCCGGCGCCUGGUGGGGCGGGCGCCGUUGAACGGGCGGCGUUACGUGAACGCGAGGCGCGUGAAUUCGAACUGCUGCGCGCCCAAUAUGGCAUGGACAACCAGGGCAACUUUCGGGAGCAGAGCGUCACUAAUAUGCAGCGGGCGGUGUACGCGGGCGAGAUGUCCGUCGCCGAUUACUAUGAGCGCACCCUCGACCUCCGGGCAGCGGAGAGCUGUGGUGUCGACGACGGCAGCUCGGUGACUAGAAGCAUUGUACCGCGUGUGCGAGCGAUGAGCACCAACUCCCAGAACGUCACUACGACGAUGCUGUGCACGUGUGUUGACCAUUACGCAUCGUCCUACGGUGACCGAGGCUGGGGUUGCGGAUACCGUAACACCCAGAUGCUGGUCAGCGGUCUGCUCACGCACACGGGUUACAAUGAGCGCUUGUAUAAGCUGUGGCAGGGCCAGAAGCCUCCGCGCAGCGCCGUUCCCAGCAUAUCCCGACUACAGAGUCUGAUCGAACAGGCCUGGGCCAACGGAUUCGACCUUCAGGGUUCGGAACAGUUAGGUUGUAGACUGGUCAACACGAGGAAGUGGAUCGGAGCGACUGAGGUGGUCACUCUUCUAUCGUUCCUGCGGAUAAAAUGUCAGCUCGUUGACUUCCACAGACCCACCGGUCCCAAUGGCACGCAUCCGGAACUCUUUAAUUGGGUGCUUAAGUACUUUGAAAGCGGCGUUGCUGGUGAAUUUACACCGCCGCUUUACUUACAACAUCAGGGUCACAGUCGUACGAUAAUGGGCAUAGAGGUCCACAGGGACGGAAGUUUAGUACUGCUCGUGCUAGAUCCCAGCCAUUCGCCUCAGCAAAUGGCGCAGCUGGGUGACACGAACAGCACCACCGCGGCACUUCGUCUACUAAGGAAAAGCGAAGCCGCAAUGAAAGCGAGGCAGUAUCAGAUCGUGGCUGUCGUCGGUACCAUCGACACCGACCAAAGUUAUCAGCAAAGUAAAAUCUUACGGGGCCUAAGGAUACCACAAGACCGGUGAGAUUGACAAAUUUCAACGUAUAGGAAAUUUAAAUCAGCUUUGUGAAGAAAUCAAUUCUUAUCCACUUUUCACCACCUUUGCUGUUCAUUGUUCUGUCUAAAAAAUUCACAUUAAGCAAUCGUCGUGCUCUAUCCAUUAAAAGAGUUGUUUUAUUCUUGUUUCUGUUGAUUUUCAAAUAUUUGCUCCAUAUGUGUGUUGUGUGAUGUCUUGUCAAAAAUGUUUCACAAAUUAUCCAACAUAUCUAAAAUAAUCACUAUUUAAUCGGAGUUACAAUGUACAUGUGAAUUUUUCAGACAAAGUGUGCUUUAAGCACCUAACGAUUUAGCUAUUAAAGUUCGUCUUUUUAUUUGUUUUCGGAAAAGGCCUCAGAAACGUCAAUAAGUAGCUGGUAAGACAUACAAGAAGCUUAUAUAUUUACAAAGAUAUCUAUGUCUAGACUGUUGGUCCAUUUUAGUUUUUGGAUAAAAUAAAUAUUGAAAAAAACACAUAAUUAAAAUAAAAGUUGUGAUUCGCGAAUUAGACUGUUUAAUUUGAAGUCAUCAAAUAUGAUACACAAUUUUUGCUUGUUUAAUUUGCCACUUUACAUAUUUUUACAAUAUUGUAAAAUAUUUAUUGCAUUUGUAUUGUAUUCUAUUCGAUGACAAAAUUAAUCAAAGGAAAAUUAUAACACCAACGUGAGGAUAGAUUUGGAGAACUUGAAUCUCUCUCUAAAUUCCUUGGAACAAAGAUUCUACAGUGUCAGGGUAUACGAACGACCGUGUCGUUCAAAUAUUACGAUUGAUGUUAAUGUAAAUCAAAUUUUUAUGCAUGUGAAUAUGUUUCUCCGACUGUGAACAAUGUAUUAAAUUCAUAAUUGUUAUAAGUAAUUCUUCUUGUGUAAAAUGUUACAGGUUUUUGCUUGUUGUUUAUAGGUACUCCCCUGUUUACUCUCGUCUCCUAGUCUUAAAAACUUGAGUCACUUUCGAUUUUAGUUAUUUAGAAUGAAACACCCAAUCACGUAAUGUCACAAAAAAUCAAUAAAGCAACGAACACAAACAAACAUGUAUUAUUCAGACUGACAACCAUCAAAAUUUGUAAACAUAAUUUUGAGAUUAAUUCCGUUUCGUGAUUUGGUGUUUAGAGCUUUAUGAAUCUAGUCAGUGUUUCCCCGCUUCUAACAUAGUAUCUUAAUGAAUUUUUAUUCUAUACGUCUCGAUAUUCUUUACCUGAUUUUACCAGUUGCUGGUACUCAACUUUUAAAAAAUCAAACUCGACGAAUUUCUUUAGUGUUUAUUAAAUAUCCCGAAUCUUGCAAAAAAUGGACUGUUUUAUCCCAAUCUAGUAGAAAUUAGAUCUGCUUGGUUUUUUCGAAAUAUGGUAAUAAUAUGUAAGUACAAAGUUUAUGUAUCUAAGAUUAGAUUGUUACUUGUUUAAAGCAAAAAAUGAUAUAAUAAACGUUCCCGAAAAAUUAUAUUAUUACGAAUUUGCCGUCAUUGAUCAUUCCGUACCUCUACGAUCUUUCUUAUGCUUAAAUUAGUAUUAUUAUGAAUCUAUUGGAACACCAGUGUAUAGUUUAAGUUUUUGAAAUAACACAGACAGUUAUAAUUAUUACAAUUAUGUAGCGAUUCCUAAGUAUCAAUGUAUUAGUUAGUGAUCUAAUAUUUUAGUGGUUGUUUUAAUUGUGGUAAUUGUAACUAUUACUACCUUAGUCGUUUGUUUUAGACAUGUCGUUAAUUAAGCUGGUAGAUUUAUAAGUUUGUUUCUCUAUUUGAUUUUUGUUAAGUUUCAGACUGAAUAUGUGAUAUCGUUUAUAUUGUUGUCAGGUUUGUUUCCUACUGUUUAGUGAUUUGUUAAAUCGGUUUCGAUCACGAGUGAUAGUUAUUCGUUUUCUGUUUUUACACUACACCUCAUAAAGUUAACAUAUAUAUUUAUGUAAAAAUAUAUGAAAAUCAUUUUAAUAAAUUGAAGUCCUUCAGUA